AUGCAUGGGUGGCUAUACGCCCCUCACUCGGCCGGUGCACGCUAUGCUCCACACUCGGCCGGUGCUCGCUACGCUCCACACUCGGCCGGUGCACGCUAUGCUCCACACUCGGCCGGUGCUCGCUACGCUCCACACUCGGCCGGUGGUCGCUACGCUCCACACUCGGCCGGUGUGCGCUACGCUCCACACUCGGCCGGUGGUCGCUACGCUCCACACUCGGCCGGUGUGCGCUACGCUCCACACUCGGCCGGUGCUCGCUACGCUCCACACUCGGCCGGUGGUCGCUACGCUCCACACUCGGCCGGUGUGCGCUACGCUCCACACUCGGCCGGUGCUUGCUAUGCUCCACACUCGGCCGGUGGUCGCUACGCUCCACACUCGGCCGGUGUGCGCUACGCUCCACACUCGGCCGGUGGUCGCUACGCUCCACACUCGGCCGGUGCUUGCUACGCUCCACACUCGGCCGGUGUGCGCUACGCUCCACACUCGGCCGGUGUGCGCUACGCUCCACACUCGGCCGGUGCUUGCUACGCUCCACACUCGGCCGGUGUGCGCUACGCUCCACACUCGGCCGGUGCGCGCUACGCUCCACAUGCCGCACUUGUCACCUAUAACUAUAAAUUAAGAAUGCGUACCAGCGCAUCACACUGA